GCGCGAGCGCAGAGCGCACUCUCCGCCAGUCUAUCGCGACGCGCCGGCGCUAGCGCGUGCGCACAACAACCGUGUUCGUCGAUUCUUGUAUUUAUUCUUGAGUGAUUUUUUUAUUAUUCGUGAUGCGUUUCGCGGCGUUCGCGCUGCUGCUAUGGAUCGGCGUGUCCCAGGCGCACUACCUGGGCAAGGAGAUCGGGCCGCUGUCGGAGCUGCACCACGCCGUGCGCGGCAGCGUGUUCGCGGUCGACUCACGCACGCUGUACCUGCACGACUUCCAUUACGAUGGAGAAGGACCCGCUGCAUACUUCUACGUCGGCACGUCAAAGUCACCGACAGCAUCUGGUUCUCUCCGCCUGCGUGACGAGCGAGGAAGUACGACGCCUCUACGACGGUACCGCGGGGAAGGCAUCACACUGUCUCUACCCGACGGGAAGACGCUGCGUGACGUUAACUGGUUCUCCGUGUGGUGUGACGAGUUUUCAGUAAACUUCGGUUCCGUGGACAUUCCUCGCUCGUUGGAGUACCCCAAGCCCGCGAAGGUAGCGGCGCUGCGCGGUGUGCACGGCGUGUCCUCGGACGCCAUCGUUGUUGUGGACGCGCAGACGCUGCUCAUACCGAACUUCUCCUACGACGGGGAAGCCCCUGAUGCUAAGUUCUGGGUGGGUCGCGGCGACAAGCCGUCCCCGCAAGGCAUCCGCAUCCCCGACGAGAACGGCAAGGAGUCGCCGCUCCGCAAGUAUGACAGGAAGACAAUCGUCCUCACAUUACCUGGAGAAUUGACGGUAUUCGACAUCGGUCACUUCGCGGUGUGGUGCGAGGCGUUCACCGUGAACUUUGGUCACGUGGUCCUGCCGCGAGCCACGCUCGUCAACGUGCCACCCAGUCUCAAGAUGCUCGGUGUUUCCCCGCAGUCGAAAUUGAACUGCGAGGUGCUACACGACGAACUGGCCUUCGAAGUGCGCUGGGCCGUCGCCGGGGACAGCAUUGUCUUGCAGCUCGUCGCUAAGCUUGAGGAUGGCGAAUACAUGUCGUUCGGAGUGUCCGGCGUUAACGAUCACUCGCAGAUGGUGGGUGGUGACGUGGCCGUCGCGUGGGUGGAUAAAACCACCCUCAAGGGCUUCUCAGAAGAUUACUAUUUAGAUGCAAAGAGUCAAUGCGCUGGAGUGCACGGCUCUUGUCCGGAUCACAAAAUAGCGCCUAACACGAAUUCAAUCCGUGUCCUUAAUGCCGCUUUGGUGAAUGGCUACUCCAUCGUGACGUACCAGCGACCGCUUAAGGCUUCCGACUUCUUGGACCGACCUGUGCUCACAAAUGUCAGCCAGCCAAUCAUCUGGGCUAUCGGACCUCUAAAUUCUAAGCAGGAGGUGUCGUAUCAUCAUCAUUUUACCAAGGGUGACAAGUUCAUUGAGUUCGGUCGACCGCCGCUGUGGAACUGUCCGAUGCCGGAAGGUGAAGAGGAGCACAGAACAUCAGAGCCAAUUCGCCAAGAUAAACCAAGAAGACCGUCUGAGGAAGACGAAGAGGACGUUACUGCGGUGAUCAAACCCAACCCAGUGCCUACUCCACGCCCGUCUCCCAAGGUAACGCCUUGGGAAAUCCCCGGUAUACAAUGUUAUGAACCCCCAGACGGCGUGUUCUAUGCGCAAAUGGGACCUACUGGAGGAAAGCAAGGAUAUUCUGCUAUAACAGGUCACGUGGGUUGGGGUAUUUCUUGGUACAUCAACGGUCUCUUGAUUCCUGAAAUCACGGUGGUCCGUGGUAAGAAGUACACGUUUGUGGUGGAAGGUGGUACAGACCCCGAAGUACCGGCUCGCUACCACCCCUUCUAUAUAACCAACGAUCCCGUCGGUGGAUACUAUCACAAAUCUGACGCUGAGAAAAAGGAUAUAGAAAUAUACGCAGGUGUUCGUCGUUUGCGUAACGGUGAAUUGUUACCGAAUGGUGUCGGUCGUCUUUGUAACUGGACUCCAGAUAAUGAAGGACCCGAAGCUGACGAGUACCCCAGCUUCGGAGCAUACCAGCGUUCUCUGACUCUUGUCUGCGAGGAAGGCAACCCCGGUGUCGUCACGUGGACGCCAGAUAAAAACACCCCGGACACUGUCUACUAUCAGUGUUUCACUCACCGAUAUCUUGGUUGGAAAAUAAAUGUGGUCGAUGAGUGCGACGCCACGGAGGCAGAGGAAAGUCGCGUAGUAGAGACUUUAGCCCUCCCCGGUGACCUUUUGGGGGAGGAGUCUAUUCAGGUACAAAGCCGCGUGAAACCGGAAUCAAAAUAUUUAGAUCAGCGAAAAAAACUUGAAAAAAUAAUCAAUACGAAACAAAAUUAUAACGAUUUCAGUAGCAAUAAUGGAGUAAGCGGCCUCUCGGGAGAAGUGUACCCAGAACCCAGCAGAGACUACUUGUACCCGAGUGGACACGAGUAUGAAUUGCCAAUAUCACAAGUGCAAAUUAAGGAAGUUAUUAAAACUGUAGAAAGCUUAGAAGAUCAAAUGAAAGAUGAGCUCAAACGAAACACAACGCAACCACAGAAGUUAAUGCAGUAUCAAGUUCAUGAAGACGUCAAGGAGAUGUUUGUACCAGAACAACCUAUAAGGGAUGGAGACGAAUACAUAGUCGAAACAGCUAAAUUGCCUGGUAGCUUUCUAUUACCACCAAAUCAGAAACCUCAGACUCUACAUAAUGUUUUACGUCCAAAUUUCCAGACUAAGCCAAUGGGAAAUAUGAGGCCACCUUUUCGAAGACCUACACCACCCGAAAUAAAGCUACGUAGGCCUUUUCCUAUGUACCCAAAAGGCAAUAAUGCCUAUCCUUUGUCAAUGCCAAAUCCUCAACAUGGUCCACAUGGAAUGUCAAAAAAGCCGAACAAGCAUCACAACAAUCGACCUCCGUCUAAUGUGAAUAGACCUCAACAGCCUAAUAUUCCACCGAUGAAGGCAAUGCCAUCAAUGCAUCCACCAAAAUCUAAUUUCAAUCAAGGGCCCCCAAAACAUGCAACAAAAAUUAAUACCAAACCUGUACAAUCAGUAAUUAUGGGUAAACCUGGACAUAAUAUUGUGGUACCAUCUCAAAGCCAAACUUUAAGCUUAGGACAUACGGAUAUAAUUGCUAAUCAAGUCGUAAAAAGCCAGAUCACCUUACCUGGAACCAAUGAUGCAGUAGCUCAGCACAGUGUUCCACAAGUGUUUUUCAAUAAACCAGGGCAAAUCAUACUUGGCAAGCCUAUGGAUCACCCACAACCAUUAGACCAACAAAUGACACAAAGCAAACAACAUUCUACUCAUCCAGUAAGAGUAUCUUCAACCCCAUCUCCUGACGUUUAUCGGCAUUCUUCUACGACCCGUACAAGAAUAAAUGAACCACACUCUCAAAGUGAAAUGAAAUCAUCUGAUUUUAUCGGCGAAUCUACAGAUUCGUCGACAUAUGCACCUGCACAAAAUACUGGUUUUAAGCCAGAUUCAAUCGUAAUUGAAAGUGGUUUUAAGCCUAUAAUUCGUGAACCUUUAAUGGCGGGUGAAGAUAAAAUAGCAGAAUAUAACGGUGAUAGUGCAAAUAGAAGAGAAGAUACAGACGUUGAAGAAGAUUAUGAAGAAUCUCCACAGUACAUCAAUACUAAUCACGCUUAUUCUAGUGAUAAAAUAACUGAAUCAUUUGAACCAAUGUUCAUACCUUCUCCACCUGAUCAUUUGCUAUCUAAUAAAGGUAUAACUAAAGAAGUAUUUCCGAAAAAUCAUGCUAAAGAAGAUAGGCCACAUCCUGUUUAUGUUAAAACAGAAAGUGAGUUAAAUGCUCUAUUUGGAAAGAAAAAUAUGGAUCGAGAUGCUCCUUCAGAUAUGGUAAUGGAAUCAGACAAAUUAAGUCCUCAAUAUUUACCUAAUGCGCCUAAACUACCAAAGGAACAUUCUCAAAAAUUAACAUCCGGACAAACGUUUACAACUUAUGACGGCAAAACAAUUUCUGCUGAAACAUUAACCAGUGUCCCAGAGGUAAAUAAGGGUAAUACUAAGUUAUUUUCUUCUAAGCUUCCAGCAAAUACAGAGUUACUUCUAAAGACACCACAGUUUGGACCUUUUAAAGGAGAAAUCCCUCCAGUUGUUGCUGAUCAUAUAAAAACAGAUACUGUUUCUAGUGUUCCCGCUCCAGUAUUUACAAAUACAAGAUCGACACAUUUGAAACUUGUUAACUCUUUGCACAAAAUAAAUCCGCCAGAAAUAUAUGACUUAAGAGCUGAAGGCAGUGACAAUCACGAAGAAAAAUUAGAGACUGAACCCUCUAAUGAAGAAGAAGAAAAUGAAGAAUAUGAAGAAGAUACGAUAGAAGACGAAGAAAGUAAGCGUCGUAAAAGAGACACAAAAGUAGCUCAAUUCGAAAUGGGCAAAAUCGAAGAGGGAACUACGGACAUAAACACAAAAGAGAAUGAAUCAAUAAAUCACGUCGAGUUUGAACUGUUAUCUUCAGCUCCAAAAUUAAGUUGUACUCAAUUUUUCACAUAUAUUGUACUAGUAACUAUUUUGAAAAAAAUCAUGUAGAAAUUUGUCAAGCUUAUAUUUAAAUUAAAUUAUUUAUUGGAAUAAAUUAUUGUGCCUUGCCAUUGAAUGCAUUUGGUUGAUAGUAAUUAUAUGUAUGUACGGGGUUCACGCUGUGGGUGCUGUAAAUGAACACGAGUUUAUUUGGAUCAGCAGUCUCCUUGACAAACUUUAUCUCAUCUGUUACCACUUUCUCACGCGUCAUGCAAUUCAAUACUCUGUUAGAUGUAAGAUUUUGUAAAUAUUUUUACUUAAAUAAUAAAAUUAGAGUUACAUUGAAAA